CACAGCCCCUGGCUCGCGUCAUGGCUGCUGCCGCUGUUAUGGUGGAGGCAGCCGCGCCCACGGGCGCCUUGUGGGGCCUCGUGCAAGAUUUCGUCAUGGGUCAGCAGGAAAGUCCCGCUGACCAGGUAGCUGCAGGUACGGCAGGCAGCGCCGCGAAGCUUCUGCAGGGGUCCGGCCGGAGGGAGCGGCCUUCGCACCCGCGCACGGCGGGAAGGGAGUUGCGGGGCAGAGAUGUGAAAUCUGGAAACUAUACAGUGUUGAAAGUCGUGGAAGCCCUUGGGUCCUCUCUAGAGAACCCAGAACCUCGAACUCGGGCACGAGGGAUUCAGCUUUUGUCGCAGGUGCUACUCCAGUGCCACUCCUUGCUCCUGGAGAAGGAAGUGGUACACCUGAUCCUAUUCUAUGAGAACCGACUAAAGGACCAUCAUCUUGUGAUUCCAUCUGUCCUUCAGGGCUUGAGAGCACUUAGCCUGUGUGUGGCCCUGCCCCCAGGGCUGGCUGUCUCAGUGCUCAAAGCCAUUUUCCAGGAGGUUCAUGUUCAGUCCCUGCUACAAGUGGAUCGCCACACAGUGUUCAGUAUCAUCACCAACUUCAUGCAAUCCCGAGAAGAAGAGUUAAAAGACCUAGGAGCUGACUUCACAUUUGGCUUCAUCCAGGUGAUGGAUGGAGAAAAGGAUCCCCGUAAUCUUCUGGUUGCUUUCCACAUCGUCCAUGACCUCAUUUCCAGGGACUAUAGCCUGGGACCUUUUGUGGAAGAGUUAUUUGAAGUGACAUCUUGUUAUUUCCCUAUUGAUUUUACCCCUCCACCAAAUGAUCCCUAUGGCAUCCAGAGAGAUGAUCUCAUCCUGAGUCUUCGUGCUGUGCUGGCUUCUACACCACGAUUUGCUGAGUUCCUGCUUCCCCUGCUGAUUGAGAAAGUAGAUUCUGAAAUUCUAAGUGCCAAAUUGGAUUCUCUGCAAACCUUGAAUGCUUGCUGUGCUGUGUAUGGACAGAAGGAACUAAAGGACUUCCUCCCCAGCCUUUGGGCUUCCAUCCGCAGAGAGGUGUUCCAGACAGCAAGUGAACGAGUGGAGGCAGAGGGGCUGGCAGCCCUCCAUUCCCUGACUGCGUGUUUGUCUCGAUCUGUGCUGAGGGCUGAUGCUGAGGACCUCCUUAAUUCCUUUCUUAGCAACAUUCUACAGGACUGCAGGCACCAUCUAUGUGAACCAGACAUGAAGCUGGUAUGGCCUAGUGCCAAGCUGCUGCAGACAGCUGCAGGUGCAUCUGCCCGGGCCUGUGACCACAUCACCAGCAAUGUACUUCCCUUGCUGCUGGAACAGUUCCAUAAGCACAGUCAGAGCAACCAGCGGCGGACAAUCCUUGAAAUGAUCCUGGGUUUCUUAAAGCUGCAGCAGAAAUGGAGCUAUGAAGACAAAGAUGAAAGACCUCUGAGUGGCUUCAAGGACCAGCUGUGCUCAUUGGUAUUCAUGGCCAUAACAGACCCCAGCACCCAGCUUCAGCUUGUUGGCAUCCGGACGCUCACAGUCUUGGGUGCCCAGCCAGAUCUCCUAUCUUCUGGGGACUUGGAGCUGGCAAUAGGUCACCUGUACAGACUGAGCUUCCUGGAGGAAGACUCCCAGAGUUGUAGGAUGGCAGCACUGGAGGCAUCAGGAGCCCUUGCCUCUUUCUAUCCUGGAGCCUUCAGCAGCUACCUCCUACCUAAGCUUGCUAAAGAGCUGCAGAGAGGGGAGUUAGAUGUGACUAGAGAGCAUGGUCCCAACAAAUGUUCCCGGCAUCUCCUCUGUCUGCAAGCUUUGUCAGCUGUUUCAACACAUCCUAGCAUUGUCAAGGAGACACUGCCUCUGCUGCUGCAGCAUCUCUGGCAGGCAAACAAAGGAAAUGUGGUUAUAGGAUUCAAUGACAUUAUUGCUAUCUGCCAGAGUCUCCAGCAGGUGGCAGAAAAAUGCCACCGGGACCCUGACAGCUGCUGGUAUUUCCAUGAGACUGCUCUACCCUGCCUGUUUGCUUUGGCUGUACAGGCUUCCAUGCCAGAGGACUCCUCAGUUCUGAGAAAAGUACUAUUGGAAGAUGAGGUCUUAGCUGCCUUGGCAUCUGUCAUCAGCACUGCCACUAUCCACCUGAGCUCUGAGUUAGCUGCCCAGAGUGUCACCCGCAUUGUGCCCCUCUUCUUAGAUGGCAACAUCUCCUUUCUUCCUGAAAACAGCUUCCCAAGCCGGUUCCAGCCAUUCCAGGAUGGCUGCUCCAGGCAGAGGCGGCUGGUUGUACUUCUUAUGGCUUUUGUCUGCUCCCUGCCACGAAAUGUGGAAAUCCCUCAACUGACCCAACUCAUGAGGGAGCUUUUGGAACUGAGCUGCUGUCCUGGCUGUCCCUUCUCCUCCACUGCUGCCGCCAAGUGCUUUGCAGGACUUCUCAACAAGCACCCUGCAGGGCAGCAAUUGGAUGAAUUCCUCCAGCUUGCUGUAGACACAGUGGAGGCCGGCUUAGGCGCUGGGUCCUCUCGUAGUCAGGCUUUUACACUACUACUCUGGGUGACCAAGGCUUUAGUACUCAGAUACCAUCCUCUCAGCUCCUGCCUUACAGCCCGGCUCAUGGGCCUUCUGAGUGAUCCAGAACUAGGCCCUGCAGCAGCUGAUGGCUUCUCUCUGCUUAUGUCUGACUGCACUGAUGUGCUGACCCGAGCCUGCCAUGCUGACGUGCGGAUCAUGUUCCGUCAGCGGUUCUUCACGGAUAACGUACCUGAUUUAGUCCAAGGUUUCCAUGCUGCUCCCCAAGAUGUGAAGCCAAACUACUUGAAGGGUCUGUCUCAUGUACUGAACAGGCUGCCCAAGCCUGUGCUCUUACCAGAGCUGCCCACACUCCUUUCCUUGCUGCUGGAGGCGCUAUCCUGCACUGACUCUGUGGUCCAGCUUUCUACCCUCAGCUGCCUUCAGCCUCUUCUACUGGAAGCACCACAAAUUAUGAGUCUUCACAUUGAUACUCUGGUUACCAAAUUUCUGAACCUCAGCUCCAGCCCUUCCAUGGCUGUCCGGAUUGCUGCACUGCAGUGCAUGAAUGCUCUCACUCACCUACCCACUCCUGUGCUACUGCCAUAUAAACCACAGGUGAUCCGGGCCUUAGCCAAGCCUCUAGAUGACAAGAAGAGAUUAGUACGCAAGGAAGCCGUGUCAGCUAGGGGAGAAUGGUUCCUAUUGGGAAGCCCAGGCAGUUGAGCCCUUGGUUCUGGCCUAGACACGUCUGACAAUCUAACCUGCAAGUACUAACUAUUGAGCCAUCCUGCAAGGCAAGGAAACCACUGGCUUCUUUAUGCCUAUCCUUCCCAUGGACACAGUACAAAUGCUGGGUCUCUGCUACAUGGCUGUGCAAGACACAUGGGAGUCCUGAUUUCAAAUGGGUUUUUAAAGAAACUGAGUGAGAAUAUUUGUAUUUGAGGAAAGACCUUGGGUCUUGGGGCUCUC